CCGGGUCUCGCGCAUGCGGGCGCCAUACAAAGCAUUUGGCGGGUUUUUCCGGGCUUCUCUUCUCUGAUCCCAUCCUUGAGAUGUUCAGUGGUGGCUUUUAGGAAGCUGGCCGUUCUCCCCAGGAGAACGACUUCUGAAGAUUUCUGCUCUCUUCCUUCAGGUGUUUGGGGACUUCAAAAAAAAAAGAAAACGUGUUUCUCCGUGACUGACGGCUGGAGCCUUCUGACGGCCUGAGGUUUUGGGCCAUUUGGUCACUCUCCGUCUCGGUCCCUCGGAAGGUGAAAGGAUCAGAGGGACCUCGUCCUGCUCAUCGAUCUCCACGCCUGUGGGUUUCUUGGCGUCAGGUCGGAGCUGGGUGGGCCCGGCCCCCCUCCUGGGUCAUCAUGGCCGUGUCCGCCCAGCUCUUGGUGGAGGAGUUGGAGAUCUUCGGCCUAGAAUGCGAGGAGGCUCUGGUUGAGAAGUUGAUAGAGCUGUGCGCUCUGUAUGGGCAGAAUGAGGAGGGAAUGGCCGGCGAGCUCAUAGCCUUCUGCACCAGCACACAUAACGACUGCGUCACCGCAGAGACCCUGAACUCUUUUGAGCACGAGUUUCUGAGCAAAAGAUUGUCCAAAGCCAGGCUCGGUGCCUCCAAGGGCAGUGGGCAUGCGGGAGCCAGAGACAUUGUUUCCAUACAAGAGCUAAUUGAAGUGGAGGAGGAAGAGGAGACCCUCUUGAACUCUUACACCACACCCUCUAAGGGUUCUCAGAAGCGAGCUAUCACCACUCCGGAAACCCCCCUCACAAAAAGGAGUGUGUCUACUCGAAGCCCCCAUCAGCUCCUGUCACCAUCAAGUUUCUCUCCAAGUGCUACUCCCUCUCAGAAAUACAGCUCGAGAAGUAACCGAGGAGAAGUGGUUGCCUCCUUUGGCUCAGCACAGGUGAUGUCUUGGUCCGGGAGAGAAGGAGCCAGUAACAUCAGCCUGAAGGUCUUGGGGUAUCCAGAGCCGCUAACCGGGAGCUACAAAUCCAUGUUUCAGAAGCUCCCAGACAUUCGAGAAGUUCUGACCUGUAAGAUAGAAGAACUUGGCAGUGAACUCAAGGAGCAUUACAAGAUUGAGGCUUUUACUCCUGUUCUAGUCACAGCACAAGUCUGUUUUGCUGUUCGUCACAUUGACCAGAUGUUGAGCUCCUGUCCCAAAGACUGUCAUUCUUAUGUGUACCUUCGGCAGGAGCCCGUCACCCUGCUGGGCCAGAUUGGCUGUGACAGCAACGGGAAGCUGAACCACAAGUCGGUGAUUCUUGAGGGAGAUCGGGAACAUUCCUCAGGCGCUCAGAUUCCAGUGGAUCUGUCUGAGCUCAAAGAGUACUCUCUGUUUCCUGGACAGGUUGUGGUUAUGGAAGGAAUCAACACCACUGGUAGAAAACUUGUUGCCACCAGACUCUACGAGGGCGUGCCACUUCCGUUCCAUCAACCCACUGAAGAGGAUGGAGAUUCUGAGCAAAUCAUGGUCCUGGUGGCCUGUGGGCCAUACACCACAUCUGACAGCAUCACGUUUGACCCCCUGCUCGACCUGAUCACCAUCAUCAACCACGACCGGCCCGACGUCUGCAUCCUGUUUGGACCGUUCCUGGAUGCUAAGCAUGAACAGGUAGAGAGCUGUCUACUGACAAGCCCGUUUGAAGAAGUUUUCAAGCAAUGUCUGCGAACGAUUAUUGAAGGGACACGAAGUAGCUCUGGCUCACACCUCAUCUUCGUCCCAUCACUGAGAGACGUGCACCACGAGCCCGUGUACCCACAGCCGCCCUUCAGCUGCUCCGACCUGCCUCGGGAGGACAAAAAGCGAGUGCAGUUCGUGUCCGAGCCCUGCACGCUCUGCAUAAACGGAAUGAUCUUUGGCUUGACGUCCACCGACCUGCUGCUGCACAUGGGGGCUGAGGAGAUCAGUAGUUCUUCCGGAACUUCAGACAGGUUCAGCCGAAUACUCAAGCACAUCCUGACCCAGCGGAGCUAUUACCCGCUCUACCCUCCCCAGGAGGACAUGGCCAUUGACUAUGAGAAUUUCUAUGCCUAUGCACAGCUGCCCGUCACCCCCGACGUCUUCAUAGCCCCUUCAGAGCUGAGAUACUUUGUGAAGGACAUCCUUGGCUGCAUCUGUGUGAAUCCCGGGCGCCUCACCAAAGGGCAGGUGGGGGGCACCUUCGGCCGACUCUACCUCAGGAGGCAGGCCGCGGGCGCCGAGGGCAGGCGGAGCCCGUGUACUGCCGCCCAGGUGGUCAGGAUCUGAGGCUCGGUCCUCUGUCAUCCCCCGUCGUGCGGGCCUCCCAGACACCGAGAGCCCGGGAGUAGCCCUCUGCCAAGAUCCCACCCGUGGAAGGAGAGGGGGUAGCCAGCUGGAGAGGACAGGGCUGCGGGCAGGGGGCCCAGCGGGAAGACCUUGGGCAGCUGGACCCCUACUCCGCGUCGAGUUUCUCUGGAAGAAAGCUGUUGUUUCUUCAUGGACACUUGGAGCCCAGCGAGAACUGGCCGUGGACGCAGUACGCUCAGGAAGGUCAAGGCUUUGCGAUUUCCUACUGAGUCAGACAUAGAAACAACUUUUGGAGAUAUGAAAGUAAAUUCUGUGACUUCUGAGUUUAA